UUUACGGAGAAAUCGUCACAUUUCUUCAAGGUUAUCCUUCCCUCUUCCUUGGAAGAGAAGAAGCUGGAGAUUCCGCAAAUGUUCGUGAAGAAGUUUGGGAAUGAACUUUCUGAUAUCGCAACACUGGAAGUUCCCAAUGGUCGAGUUUGGUUAAUCGGAUUGACCAAAGAUGGGACCAAAAUUUGGUUUCGGGAUGGUUGGCACGACUUUGUUCAGUAUCAUUCAAUCUCUGUUGGAUACUUCUUGGUUUUCAAAUAUCUGAAGAACUCAACUUUCCAGGUUCUUAUUUUUGAUUCUACUGCUUGCGAGAUUCACUACCCAUAUAAUGCAGUGAAGUCUAAGCCACAAUGCAAUGUGGACAACCCAAAAUCGAAGCAUGAAAACAAGUCUAAAAUGGUUGAAAAGGCAGAGAUAAAUGAAUCAGAUUAUGAGAAUAAACGUAAUUUUCUAGCUUUACUUAAAGAAAUGGGAAUCUACCUUCCUAUUAAAUGCAGAUUUGUCUCAAAAAAAGACAGACACAGAGCAAUCCACAUCGCCAGAUUGUUGAAGCCAAGAAAUCCUUCAUUCAUGGUGUUUUUGCGAUCUCAUAGCACAACUGAACACCGUGUGAGUGUGCCAGUGAAAUUUGUGGACAAGUAUUUAUGUAGAAAUUCCAGAACCAUUAAUCUACAGGUUCCUGAUGGAAGAGUGCUGUGUGUUAAAAUCAAGAAGUCGACUCGUGGAGGCUUUCGUUUACAACAGGGAUGGAUUAAAUUUUCAAGAGAGGAGAAUUUGAAACAAGGAGAUAUCGGUAUCUUUGAGUUGAUCAAGAUGAAAGACUUCAUUCUGAAACUUUCAGUAUACCCUGCAACUGCAAGGUUCACUGACAACCUAAUCUUACAAACUUUCUCUUACAACUCCGAUAUAGUAGCUCAAUCAACUCGUAAUUAG